GAUUCGGAGCCGAUCGGAGCGCGUCGUCGGCUCGCGCACGGCGAGGCCAACGCAGCCCAGCCCAGCCCUGGACUCGCCGACGGGCUCCGCGAGAGAGGAAUCGGGCUGCUCCGCUUGCUGCGGCUCUUGCGCUUCCCGGCGGGGAGGCCCCGCGAUCGGGGGCGGCCUUGCCCGAGGGCUGGGGCCGGGGUCUCUCCCAGGGCGGCGGAUGCCAGGGCCCCGCCGAGCGGGCACGUCGCACCUCCCCUGCGCCAGGCCGGGCAUGUGAAGAUGUCAGUGGGCUGUGCAUGCCCAGGCUGUUCCUCUAAGUCAUUCAAGCUGUACUCUCCAAAGGAGCCCCCAAACGGCAACGCCUUUCCCCCCUUCCAUCCGGGCACUAUGCUGGAUCGAGAUGUCGGACCGACUCCUAUGUAUCCACCAACAUACCUGGAGCCUGGAAUUGGGAGGCACACACCAUAUGGGAACCAGACAGACUACAGGAUAUUUGAGCUCAAUAAGCGGCUGCAAAACUGGACCGAGGAAUGUGACAAUCUGUGGUGGGAUGCCUUCACCACUGAGUUCUUUGAAGAUGAUGCUAUGUUAACAAUCACCUUCUGUUUGGAAGAUGGACCAAAGAGAUACACGAUUGGCCGCACCCUGAUCCCUCGCUACUUUCGGAGCAUCUUUGAAGGGGGUGCUACUGAGCUAUAUUAUGUCCUCAAGCAUCCGAAGGAGUCCUUCCACAACAACUUUGUGUCGCUCGACUGUGACCAGUGUACCAUGGUCACGCAGCAUGGCAAGCCCAUGUUCACCCAGGUGUGUGUGGAGGGUCGCCUCUACCUGGAGUUCAUGUUUGAUGACAUGAUGAGGAUAAAGACGUGGCACUUCAGUAUCCGGCAGCACCGGGAGCUCAUUCCCCGCAGCAUCCUUGCUAUGCAUGCACAAGAUCCCCAGAUGCUGGACCAGUUGUCCAAGAACAUCACCCGGUGUGGACUUUCAAACUCCACGCUCAACUACCUCCGACUUUGUGUAAUCCUAGAACCAAUGCAGGAGUUGAUGUCGCGGCAUAAGACCUACAGCCUCAGUCCCCGGGACUGCCUCAAGACUUGCCUCUUCCAGAAGUGGCAGCGCAUGGUAGCGCCACCAGCUGAGCCUGCACGUCAGCAACCCAGCAAGCGCCGGAAAAGGAAGAUGUCGGGAGGCAGCACCAUGAGUUCCGGCGGUGGCAACACCAACAACAGCAACAGCAAGAAGAAGAGCCCGGCCAGCACCUUCGCCCUCUCCAGUCAGGUACCUGAUGUGAUGGUGGUGGGCGAGCCGACCCUGAUGGGUGGGGAGUUUGGUGACGAGGACGAGCGCCUGAUCACGCGGCUGGAGAACACGCAGUUUGACGCGGCCAAUGGCAUUGACGACGAGGACAGCUUCAACAACUCCCCCGCGUUGGGCGCCAACAGCCCCUGGAACAGCAAGCCCCCCUCCAGCCAGGAGAGCAAGUCUGAGAAUCCAACGUCGCAAGCAUCGCAGUAAAGGCCCCCCCACCCACCCGCCUGCUGCCCAGCCGGGCCUUGACCUGACUUGGCUGGUGCCCCCACGGACUGAGUCGAAACCGUUCUACCUGGACAAUUUGUGAAGAAGCGUGGCUGGCUGGCUGGCGAGGAUAGGGGCCGAUGGGCACUGCAGCACCAGCCUGCCGGCCUGCCCGCCUCCGGUUGGCCCGGCCACCACUCCCUGCGGUCUGCACUCUUGGCUGUGCCCAUUCGGGCAGACUUGGGGCCCUGGGCCUGGUGGAGCCUGGAUCUCCUUCUAGCUCCAGCAGAGUUUUAAUUCCUUUUCCUUCCCCACCCUACCCCAUGCAUCCACAGCCCCAGACACCACCAGCGGCACUGCUGUGGGAUGGUGUCCUGUGUUCAUUAUGCAGCCCUAGGGAGCCAGGCAGCUUUGCUUGAUUGGCAGGGAACACCUCCAGAGGGAGGCGGGGCCAAGUGCUUAAGGCGAUGUCACAGAACCGCCGGCCUGAUCGCAUUUUAUCAGUCUAGUUCCGUAUUUGGUCUCCAGGGGGCUCCCUUCUAGCAGGAAAAGGAGACACCAUUAUGACUCGCACUGGGGGCAGCUAGGACCCUCGUGGGAUGGGUCUUGAGCAGUCCCUCCUGCCUGCUGCAAGUGUGGCAGUGCAAUUGCUCCUGUGUAGCCAGAAGAACCCAGAAAGCCAACCUAAGGGGUGGGGGUGGAGGGGGGCUUUGACACUUCCUGGAAUAUGCUUAAAACUACCCUGCAGUGGACAUGGAAGGGCCCAAGUCCCUUUCCGUCUGACCUUUGGGCAUUGGGCCAACCUUCUGCCCUGGCUGCUCCUACCGAAAACUGCAAUCCUGACCCUCUCCCCACCACCACCACCACCACCCGGAUUUUGUUUUAUUUUUUGUUUUUUUAAAAAAAAUAUUAUUAAAAUUGUAAGUUUUAAAAAAAAAGAAAAGAAAGAGAGAAUCUGCCCUCCCUCCCUAUUUUCCCCAAUCCUGAUUUUUGUACAGGCUUGUCUACCAAUUGGGAGUCUUGGUUUUUAUAUACAGUUCCGAGAGCUUCAAACCAAGGAGAGACUUUGCAGACUUCCUUUAUAUGAUCCUUUGAGGACAGCAUGGCUGCCCGACUUUGCCCCCUCUGUGUAACGUGUGUGCUGCUCCCCCUGCUCCCCCCUCCUCUACCAACCCCACCCCCCUUUCGGGUUUGUGUACUUCGUGCUUGUAUAUUUCCGCGCUGUAGGCCGUGUGUAUGAUACUGUUCUUUCACUGUGUUCUCACUAAUGCAGCUGCCCGCCCCUCUCCUUGCCCCCCCCCAUUAGGUGGUUGGGGGUGAUUGAUGGGCAUCCUUCUUGGUAGGCACGAGAAUUUAGAGGGUGGUGCCACCAGAUUACAGCAUUGCGGAACGUGGGGGACAGGGUUGACAGCAGGACCUCUUAAGAAACACAGCCUGGAGAUGGGGAGAACGGGUGUUUCGUAAAGAUGGAGGGUCGUUUCCUCCGUGAUGGAGUGAUGCUCUGGGGAAUCCAUUUCACAACCAGACCCAUCCUCUUUGGGAUGGGGAGCGACAGGCCUUGCCAAGCCCCCAAGGAAACAGGAGCUGCUCCUAAACCCACCCACCCUGCUCUCCAGUGUUUUGAUGUCACUCUUGUUCAGCAUUUCCUGCUUGAGUUUUGUUCUGUGCUCCUUGGGGAGAAGGUCCUUUUAUAUCACCGAGGCCUAGAAGCAACCUUGUGUAAGCCAUGGCUUUCUGCCUUUGCGAGGGAUGUACAGAGAAGCUUAGGUAUUUUGGCCACUUCAUGGCACAGACUUGAUGGUGAGGGUUGGGGCAUUUAGGGGACGCUGUCUGGACCGUCGUGACAACAAUCCCCUUUGCCUUGCUUAAGCUGUUUCUCCCACCUGUUCCUUAACUGCAAGGAUAUUUUCUGUAGCAGGGUCGUUGCCAUCCAGUGGCCCUAGAGCUGGUGUUUCUGGCCUCUUGUUGCUCCACGGCGGUUUGUUUGCUACUACAGCAUGGAUUUUCAUCUGAGCCAUGCUCUGGAGUCCCAGAAAUUCUCCCCUCCUCUGGAAGAGCCCAGCUGGAUCAACCUGAAACAUCUUAGGGAGGUGGGGGGCAGGCUGGUCACUUUUGUGUUACUGGGCCCAAAUGCUCCCAUCCUGCUUGGCCCCUUGGGAGCAGGCAGUACAGCAGGCAAUACUAUCAUUUACAGGGCAUUUUUUUUUCUGUAUCCUUUUUGUACUUAAAGAUACGAGUGUCACGUCCCCCAUUGCUGUGGCUCGGCAUGAACUGGUGACGUGUACUCUGUCUCCUCUUCCCCACCUUUACCCUUCCCACAUACCACCUACCCCUUACCCCCCACCUCGGGGCACUGUAAAGCCUUUUUUUUUUUUUGCAUAGUUUGUGCCAUUUAUGGUCAUGUAUGGUACCAAUAAAACAACUUUUCGGUU